AUGACCUCACUAACCAAAGCCCAGGUUGACUUCAACGAAGUCGCCAAAGAAUGCAACAUCGUCACCAAAGGAGCUGCCGCAAAACGCUACGAACGCUUGAUCAAGGCUUACAACGAGACCACGACCACCGCCGGACCCGAACCCGACGCAGCUGCAGCCGCAACUUCUCCGGACUCUACUCCCAAGAAAACCAGAACUGCCAAGGCUGGUCCUGCUAAGAAGACCAAAGCCAAACAGGCGGGCGAGAGUCCGGGACCCGCGAAGCGCAAGGCUGCAGGGGAGAGUAGCAAGACCAGAACAAAGAAAGCUCGGGUGUCGAAGGAGACUGUCGUUGAGAGCGCAGAGAGAAUGGUUGAGCAGAGGUUGAGCCCCGUGAAGGGGCCAGAGGUGUCCGAUGCUGAAGAGGAGCAGGGUCAGGGCGCUGAUGCGACUGCUGUCGACGGCGAGGCGCUGUUUGACCAGUUUUGCAACUCCGAGGGCGACGAUCAUAUUGCUGUCAAGAAGGUCAAGAAGGACACUGAGGAGGUAGCUUGA